CCGGAGCCGGGCCCUCCGCGGAGCCCCGGCCGCCGCCAUGCCCCAGACGGCCCCUCCGCCGCCUCCUUCCUCCGCCGCCGCACCAUGAAGCGGCAGAACGUGCGGACGUUGGCGCUCAUCAUGUGCACCUUCACCUACCUGCUGGUGGGAGCCGCCGUCUUCGACGCGCUCGAAUCCGAAGAGGAAACGGCGGAGCGGCGGCGGCUGGAGGCGAAGAGCCAGGAGCUGAAGAACAAAUACAACCUGAGCGCCGAGAGCUACCGCGAGCUAGAGUGGGUCGUCCUCAAGCUGAAGCCGCACAAGGCCGGCGUCCAGUGGAAAUUCGCCGGCUCUUUCUACUUCGCCAUCACCGUCAUCACGACCAUAGGGUACGGCCAUGCGGCCCCGAGCACGGACGGUGGGAAGGUUUUCUGCAUGGUGUACGCCUUGCUGGGCAUCCCGCUCACCCUCGUCAUGUUCCAGAGCCUGGGCGAGAGGAUCAACACCUUCGUCAGGUACCUCCUGCACCGCAUCAAGAAGUGCCUGGGCAUGAGGCGGGCGGAGGUCUCCAUGGCCAACAUGGUCACCAUCGGGUUCUUCUCCUGCAUCAGCACCCUGUGCAUCGGGGCGGCCGCGUUCUCCUACUACGAGCACUGGAGCUUCUUCCACGCCUAUUAUUACUGCUUCAUCACGCUCACCACCAUCGGCUUCGGGGACUACGUGGCCCUGCAGAAGGACGAGGCCCUGCAGAACAAUCCUCAGUACGUGGCUUUCAGCUUCGUCUACAUCCUGACGGGGCUGACGGUCAUCGGGGCUUUCCUCAACCUGGUGGUGUUGCGUUUCAUGACCAUGAACGCCGAGGAUGAGAAGCGGGACGCUGAGCACCGGGCGCUGCUCACCCGCAAUGGGCAGGCGAGCAGCGUGCACACCACGGACACGGCUUCGUCCGCACCCACGGCCGUGGCAGCAGGGGGUGGCGGAGGUGGCCUCCGUAAUGUCUACGCGGAGGUGCUGCACUUCCAGUCCAUGUGCUCGUGCCUGUGGUACAAGAGCAGGGAGAAGCUGCAGUAUUCCAUCCCCAUGAUCAUCCCCAGGGACCUGUCCACCUCGGACACCUGUGUGGAGCAGAGCCACUCCUCGCCAGGACGCUGUCCUGAGACCCCUUCCAACCGAUGCUUCUGCAACGCCCGCCGGUCGGCCAUCAGCUCCGUCUCCACUGGCCUCCACAGUCUCUCGGCUUUCCAGGGCCUCAUGAAGCGCCGCAGCUCUGUGUAGACCUCGCUCCGUCACCCCCCAUGUGUGCCCCAAGCUUCAUGAAGCUCCGUGUAGACCUCACUCCAUCAUCCCCAACUGUGCCCCAGUUUUCACAAAGCUCCGUGUAGUCCUCUGCCCAUCACCUCUCACCGUCCUCAGGCUCACAAAGCUUCACGCAGACCCCAUUCCACCACCUCCAAAGGUCCCAUGAAUCUCCAUGCAGACCUCACUCCACCGCUCCCAUGCACUCCAGGCCUCAUGAAGCUCCACGUAUCGUAGAAUCACAGAAUCAUUCAGGUUGGAAAAGACCUCCAAGAUCACCAAGUUCAACUGCCACCCAUCCCAUCCAUGCUCACUAACCGUAUCUCUGAGCACCACAUCUCCACAUUUCUUGGGCACCUCCAGGGAUGGUGAUCCCACCAUCUCCCCAUACAGCCUGUGCCAGCACCUGACCACUUUUGGGGAGAAGAAAUUAUUCCUAAUAUCCAACCUGAAGUAGUGUAGACCCUACUCCAUCACUCCUGUGCACCCCAGGCCUCACUGAGCCCCACGUAGACUUACUCCAUCACCUCCCAUGGACCUCAAGCCCCACAAAGCUCAGCGUAGCCCCGCUCCAUCAUCCCCCAUGUGUGACCCAGACUUCAUGAAGCUUCAUGUAGGCCAUGUUCCAUCACCCCCAUGCACCCCACACUUCACAAAUCUCCAUGUAGAUCCCACUCUGUUACCCUCUGUGUACCAUGGACACUUUGGCCAAGAUCUCAUCUUGGUCACAACAUGAGGAACUUCCUCAUGUCCCAGGAUGUCUGGGAUCUGAUGCAGUGGGGCUGCAGCCUCCAAGUGGGCUGUAACCUCAGGAUGUUAGGACAGAUGCAGGAUCCUGGGGAAUCAGGAUGGCUUCAGGAGCCCUUGGUCCUGUCCAAGUCUUCGCCAAUUGUGACGGGAGAAAGAAGCAGGGGCCACCAGUUUAUUUUAUUUUAAUUUAAUUUUAUUUCAUUUCAUUUUAUUUUGCAAACCACUCCUCAAAAUGUGAAACUUGAAGUCCUGGAGAGUGUGUUAACCUGAUGGAAAGCUAUUGGGGGGAACAAGCAUGGGGACAGCUCAGAUACACACACACACAUUUCUGCCUGGGCUGCCGGGGAGCCCAAAGACCCCCACUCUCACCCUCUUGUCCAAGUGUGCAAGGCAUGAGCGGGGUGUGUGUGGGCACCGUGGGCUCCAUGAGGCAGGGAGGAGCCAGACUGCUGUGGUGUGCACACAACAAAUAGGCUAAGAGGGGCUUAGAUGGAGAUUUUACAGCCCCUUGUUAGGGGGAGAUACCAGGAGUCGUGUAGCUGAAAAUGUCACCCGUGACCAAGAAGUUCAGUGUUCUAUCCAGAAACGGUGGUGCCCAGGGUGCCCUCAGUAUCCUGACCCCCCAUCCCCUUUCACAGCUCUGAGGCUGGAGCUGUCACCUUAUGCAAAGAAUUUGGGAAGGAGACAGCCUAAGGUAUGGGGAAGGCUUUCACCUUCUUCUUCACUCCAUCUGAGCUGCACCUCCAAGCCUGUGCCCCACGGCACCCCAUGGCACCCCAUGGCACCCAGCACCAUGAGCCCAGCUUGUGGGAUGCCCCCAUUCCCCCUGCCCUAUGGUUCACAGUUUCCAUUGCCCCUCGUCCUCCAGCAAUGAAAGCACAGGUCACUGGGGACAGGGGGAAAUCAGGACAGCAGGACCUCACUUUGACUCCCCUCAAAACCCCAUCAGGGGCCACCAGGACUUGGGGGACAACCCAGCGUGCCUGUCCCCAGCGAGGCAUUUCUUUUCUCAACUUUUAACAGAAGAAAAACUAUGUAUUUCUAAUACUUGAUGAUGUGUACAUACUGUUAGAUACCAGAGAGGAUAUUUAUUAUAAAUGAUGCUAUAAUCGUAUCUAUAGAAAUCUAUAAAUAUCUAUUGUAAGGGAGUCUUGUGGGAACCUUGCUGAUGACUCCAGGGAACUUCUUUUUGCUCUCUGCAUCCGUCUCAUCCUUAGGACACCGACGGGGAACAGAAUCCCCCCAAUGAGGUUACUCAGUUUCUCAUGCCAAAGUAUAUUUGUACUGCUGAUUGACUUUCAAUAUAGAGAGAAAUAAAGGUUGAUUGGAAUCUCGGCACCACUUGGGGCACCUCGCUCCGAGCCU